AUGAUGAGGGGUAAUACAUUUCAAUGUAACCUCAGAAAUUAUUUAACUCUACUCGCAAUAUUGAAAAAUCCCAGAAACCCAAAUGAUCAACUAGAUUUUGAAGAGCGCACCGGUAACGCUUCUGUGAAGAAAAUCACACGCAAGUCCAGGGCUAAAAUGGAGCCAGCGAAGGAGCAAAAAUUGUGUCUUCUGAAUGGCAAGAAUGUACGAGGGACAGUUCCCGAUGACAACACUGAAACCAAUGGAGACAUAAAUCUCGAGGACAACACGGAGUUGAGUGAUUUCAAGACGCAUGGUUCAGAGUCAGCUGUAGAUGAAGAUACAGGACAUGAAGCCAUUGCUGAAAAAGGGAAAGGCAAGCAGCAGCGAAGCGACAGCGGUGUUGAAUUAGACCUGUCGGGUUUGCAAAUUGAUGACGAACCGAAUGAAAGAGAGAAGAGUUUUGGUGAACUUUGGAUUGAACUCGCUCAAUCAAAUGAGCCGAUAACAGUUCCAAACAAUGACUUUUCCGAACUCGACAAAAUUUUUGAAGUCUUGAAUAGUUCCAUCGAGGAGAGUCGCAACAUUGACCCGCGAAAAGUCGAUGCUGUGGAUAAUUCAAGGCAACGAAACGCUUUGCGCGCUUCAAUAAUGAAAGCGGCUCUAUGGGGAAAUUCCAAUAUUCGAAGAAUCUCAAAAACGCCAAUAGCAGAUGAAAAAGACGUUCAAGAGGAAAGAAAGAGUAUCAAUACAUCUACUCAGACUGCCAAUUUGGAGACACCCACGCAGCCGCCUUGCACUGAAGAAAUCUACUUCACACCUCGUGAGAGAUCCCCAUCAUGCUAUCAGGAACUGUUCAUCCAGAGAACUUACCCUCUCUCACGUUUUGAAGAAUACAAAACAAUAGCACAUAUAAGUUUCGGUCACAAUUCUGAUAUACCUUCAAAGAGUGCAACCAGCGGCUGGGAAGACUGGACCGAGAAGGUCGAACAUCUCUGCCAUAAUAUUGGCCAUCACCUUGCUUCUGAUAAAAACGACCGUGGCAAAUCUGGCAGUUUUAACGCAUGCCACGCAGAGAAGAAACUCGUUGCGUAUUAUUUCGCACAGUGUCUCCAUCGUUUGCCGGCGUCGAUAGAUGAAAAUCAUCAUCUUUUCCGCUGCAAGCUUCGAGAGGUAGCUCCGCGUGGAGUUUACAUUGUAGUUACCAAGGAUGUGUGCGAGGAUUGUAAAGCAUUCAUCAUGAAAGUGAAAACCCAUUAUCAAUUACACGAUCAUUUCCAUGUACAAGCGCGGAUAAAAUACACACGAGAUGAGUAUUUAGAGGGGACUAGAGUUUGA